ACACUAGUGGAAAAGCGAGAAAAACGAAAAAGGCGAUCGGCAAACAGUGCAAAAAGUGCGGAAAGCAAGGGCAAAAGCAAAAGGUUGGGCGGCAAAAACCGGGCCACACGAUCCCACGACUCCGCUCCUGACCGAAUGCGGUAAAAAUAGCAACCGCCAGGUCUUGCACUACCUUGCAGAAUCCAAUCCACUGGGUCCACAGAGUGCGCCAGAAAACGCCGGAGAAAGUCGAGGAUAACAGAGAGGAGGUUAAAUAAAAGGAUUGCCAAAAUGUCCCGGCGUCCGCGACUAGCGCCCAUUUCCAUAAGCAAAGAACCGGAACCGGCCAUAGUCCCACCACGCAACCUGGACUCGCGGGCCACCAUCCAGAUUGGCGACCAGACCUUCGACAUCGAUGCGGACAGUCUGGAGAAGAUCUGCGAUCUGGGCCGCGGUGCCUAUGGCAUCGUGGAGAAGAUGCGCCACCGGCAAACGGACACAGUUCUGGCCGUCAAACGCAUACCCAUGACCGUCAAUAUUCGCGAGCAGCAUCGCCUUGUGAUGGAUCUGGACAUAUCAAUGAGGUCCAGCGAUUGCCCUUAUACGGUCCACUUCUAUGGGGCCAUGUACCGCGAGGGCGAUGUGUGGAUCUGCAUGGAGGUGAUGAGCACCAGCCUGGACAAGUUCUAUCCGAAGGUCUUCCGCCACGAUCUGCGCAUGGAGGAGAGCGUGCUGGGCAAGAUUGCCAUGAGCGUGGUCAGUGCGCUGCACUACCUGCACGCCCAGCUGAAAGUCAUCCAUCGGGACGUCAAGCCCUCGAACAUACUGAUCAAUCGGGCCGGCCAGGUCAAGAUCUGUGACUUUGGCAUCUCAGGCUACCUCGUGGACUCCAUUGCCAAGACCAUCGAUGCCGGCUGUAAGCCGUAUAUGGCCCCCGAACGCAUCGAUCCCCAGGGCAAUCCGGCGCAGUACGACAUCCGGUCGGAUGUAUGGUCGCUGGGCAUCAGCAUGAUCGAAAUGGCCACCGGCCGGUAUCCGUACGACAACUGGCGGACGCCCUUCGAGCAGCUGCGGCAGGUGGUUGAGGACGAUCCACCGCGUCUGGCAGCUGGAACCUUCUCGCCGGAGUUCGAGGACUUCAUUGCCGUUAGCCUGCAAAAGGAGUACAUGGCGCGGCCCAACUACGAGCAGCUGCUCAGGCACAGCUUUAUCGUGGAGCACCUGCAGCGCAACACGGACAUCUCCGAGUUCGUGGCCAGGAUACUGGAUCUGCCCGACAGCCAGCCGGCGCAGUAGGUUAAUGGCCGGGUAGCAGGUCAAUGGUUAACCCAUUGCUACCCCCUUAACCCCACGUGCCCGUGUAAAUUGCCGCCGUCUUCUUCUAGCAUGCAUUUCGUACAUGUUGUGUGUGUGUACCCCCCGUCUGCGUGCCAGCAAAUCAAAAACAAAAAUAUUAAUGAAAUGAAAUCCAAGGAAAAUCAACAGCUAUCAGCUAAUCUAAAGAUUUAAAAAUGAAAACUGCAUAAUUAUUAAUUUAAGUGAGAAGCAACAGCAACAUAACCGUUACUAGCAAUCUGCAAUAUGCAAUAUGCAACAUGCAAUCUUCGCCUUGCAACGCUCAAAAAUGGAUAACCGAACCGUGCCUCCCAGCUGGCAAUGCUGCUGUCUUAAAAAAUAAAACCAUUUAAACAUAUAUUUUAAAACAAUAAUAGCUUAGUCGACGAAAAAAAAAGAAACGGAAGCAAGCAAGCAAUGAAUGUAAAAACGAACUAAACUUAAAUGAUAAAUUGUAAACUUUUUGAACACCAAAAUAGCCGAACAGAAAGUGUAAUUGUAAAUUUAACUGUUUAACAAAUAUAUAUUACGUGAAAUAGCUAA